GCUGGCAGCGGGGCUGGGAUGGGACGGGAAGAGGCCGGGGGCAGGGAGCGAAGUUCUGCACGCUCGGAGGAAGCGUGAGCAGCACUGCCCCCCGAGGGACAGCUGCCGCGGGCGGGGCACGGUGCAGCCGCGGCACCAACAUGGGCACUGCUGUGGGACUGCAAUCUGCUGGGAGGAAAAGGACUCUGGGCUCUCCUGGAACCUACCUGGGCAUCACUGCCAUCACAUGGGGCAUGGUGCUGUGGGUGCAGGUGGGUGCCUGGACCUACCACUACAGUGACCAAGGGGACUACACAUGGGAGCAGGCCAGGAAUUUCUGCCAGACCUUCUUUACUGACCUGGUGGCCAUCCAGAACCAGCAGGAGAUCGAGUACCUCAACAAGAGUCUGCCCUUCCAUGGGCGCUACUACUGGAUUGGCUUACGCAAGCUGGGUGGCAUCUGGACCUGGGUGGGCACUGGGAAGGCGCUGUCCAAGGAGGCAGAGAACUGGGCACUGGGGGAGCCCAACAACCGCCGCUCCAACCAGGACUGCGUGGAGAUCUACAUCCAGCGGCCACAGCAGGCUGGCAAGUGGAACGAUGAGCCCUGCAACCGGAAGAAGAAGGCGCUGUGCUAUCGGGCCUCCUGCCAGCCCUUCCUGUGCAGCCAGCAUGGUGAGUGUGUGGAGACCAUUGGGAGCUACCGCUGCAAGUGCUACCCUGGCUUCCAUGGCCCUGAGUGCACGGAUGUUGUGCAGUGUGCCAAGCCGGAGCCGAAGGGAGUGCUCGUGAACUGCAGUCAUCCCUACAGAGACUUCAGCUACAACUCCACCUGUGAGUUCAGGUGCCCUGAGGGGUUUGAGCGGCAAGGGGCGGACAUGCUGCGGUGUCUGCCUUCCCAGGAGUGGUCAGCAAACAUCCCCACCUGCACAGCCGUCACCUGCCCGGUGCUCAGUGCUCCAGAAAAGGGAGAGCUGAACUGCUCCCACCUCCAUGGGGACUUCACCUUUGGCUCCACAUGUGCCUUCUCCUGCCAGAAAGGGUUUGUGCUGAUGGGGCCAGAGAGGCGUGAGUGCACAGCCACAGGGACAUGGACAGAGGAUGCCCCACACUGUGAAGCCAUUGCCUGUCCAGUGCUCAGUGCGCCAGAAAAGGGAGAGCUGAACUGCUCCCACCUCCUUGGCAACUUCGCCUAUGGAUCUGUGUGUGCCUUUUCCUGCCAGACAGGAUUUGCCUUGGUGGGGCUGCAGAGCCAUGAGUGCACAGCCUUGGGGACUUGGACUGGGGACACACCACACUGUGAAGCCAUCACCUGUCCAGUGCUGAGAGCUCCAGAAAAGGGAGAGCUGAACUGCUCCCACCUCCAUGGGGACUUCACCUUUGGCUCCACGUGUGCCUUCUCCUGCCAGACAGGGUUUGUGCUGAUGGGGUCAGACAGUCGCAAGUGCACAGCCACAGGGACCUGGACAGGGGAUGCCCCACGCUGUGAAGCCAUCAAAUGCUCAGCACUGACCACCCCCAAGAUGGGCCAGGCUGCCUGCUUCCAUCUCCAUGGGGACUUCACCUUUGGCUCCACGUGUGCCUUCUCCUGCCAGGCAGGGUUUGUGCUGAUGGGGCCGGAGAGCCGUGAGUGCACAGCCCUGGGGACCUGGACUGGGGACCCCACACAUUGCAAAGCCAUCAGCUGCCCAGUGCUGUCCCCCCCCAGCAGAGGCCAGCUGAGCUGCUCUCAUGUGCAUGGGAACUUCACCUACAACUCCACAUGCAUCUUUUCCUGCGAGGAGGGGUUUGUUCGGAUGGGAGCAGAGAUGCUUCAGUGUGAGGCCACGGGGAACUGGACUAGGGAUUCCCCUGUCUGUGCAGAGGAUGGUGCCUUCGUAAAGCAAGUCCUGGCUUACAGCAGCGGCGCAGCCCUGGCAGUAGCUGGUCUUGUGCUCUCUGGGGGGCUCAUUGCCUUCCUUGCCAAGAGACUCAGUGACAGAGAGGAGAAGAGGAAGCUCCUGAAACCCACCAGUGACCUGGGAGCGCCAGGCACCUUCACCAACUCAGCAUAUGAUGCCAACCUGUGAGCCUGCCUGACACUGAAAUCCACCAUGUCCCCCAGGGUUGCAGGCCCAGCAGGAGCUGCUGCCGGAGCACAGAGGGACUCCAUGCCUGUGGUUGUAGCCUGGACCAGAGCUGCCCCUGGACACUGCCGCCAUGUUGCAUGUGCAGCAUUCUCCUGGGAAGGGGAGCUGCCGCCAGUGCAGGCAGCUGGAGACCCACCAGAGGCCAAGAGCUGGGGGCAGCCUGCCACCCAGCCCUUGGACAUUCCCCCACCAGGAAUUUGGACACGCCCCAAUAGCUGCUCCACUCACGCUUCCGCCAAUGAGCUUGUGUCAGCAGGGGCUGAAUAAACGCCUUAGUCUAA